AGCAAAAAGGGGGCAAAAUGAUUACUGUUUCAUUAAUUAAGGAAGCAGAAGAGUGAAGGCAGUUGCAGAAAUGGAGGACUGGAAAUCGACCUACCGUUUACUUACACACUGCAAACACUUUUUUCAUCGCCGAUUGAGCCCUAAUUUUCACAAUUCUAAGCCAUUUUGCACCUCAGGUUCAAGGUAUCAUUGUAGCCAACCUUCUGAGUUGGUAAAACCUUAUAUUGGUAAUUACCAACAAGAAUUUCAAACAUUUAAACAUCUCCAGGUAUCUCUGGGUACGAAUCCAUGGAACAGAUGCAGAAACCAGUAUAGAUGUUUUGCUUCUCAGGCCACCAUUAUUCAAAGAAGACCAGAUUUUUCAACAAUUAGUUCAGAAGACUUGAGCUAUUUCAAAAAUAUAUUAGGGGAAAGAGGGGUGGUUCAAGAUGAAGAGACACUCGAUGCUGUGAACACGGAUUGGAUGAGGAAAUACAAGGGCACCAGUAAACUUAUGCUCCAACCUCGGACAGCAGAGGAGGUAUCUCAGAUUCUUAAAUAUUGCAAUUCCAGGUGCCUGGCUGUUGUUCCACAAGGGGGGAAUACGGGUCUUGUGGGAGGAAGUGUUCCUGCUUUUGAUGAGGUGAUUGUCAGUACUAGUCAUAUGAAUAAAAUCAUUUCUUUUGACAAGGUUAGUGGCAUACUGGUUUGUGAGGCAGGAUGCAUUUUGGAAAACCUCAUCGCUUUUCUUGAUAACCAAGGGUUUGUUAUGCCACUAGAUUUAGGUGCUAAAGGAAGCUGCCAAAUUGGUGGAAACGUCUCAACUAAUGCUGGUGGUUUGCGACUUCUCCGCUAUGGUUCACUGCAUGGCAGUGUGCUUGGUCUUGAAGUGGUUUUAGCAAAUGGAACGGUGCUUGAUAUGCUGGGCACUUUACGGAAAGAUAACACUGGAUAUGACUUGAAACAUUUAUUUAUAGGGAGUGAAGGAUCCUUGGGUAUUGUAACGAAGGUUUCCAUUUUUACUCCUCCAAAGUUGUCCUCUGUAAAUGUAUGCUUUCUUGCUUGUAAAGAUUAUGCAAGCUGCCUGAAACUUUUGUUAGAGGCAAAGAGGAAACUUGGGGAAAUUCUUUCUGCAUUUGAAUUCCUUGAUCAUGGCGCAAUGGAUCUGCAUUAUCUGUUAUGUUACGUGGAGCAGGUCCUGAAACAUCUAGAAGGUGUCCGUAAUCCAUUUCCUUCCUCAAUGCAUAACUUUUAUGUUCUGAUUGAGACAACUGGCAGCAGUGAAUCUUAUGAUAGAGAGAAACUAGAUGCCUUCUUGCUUCACUCAAUGGAAAAUGACUUGAUAAGUGAUGGAGUUGUUGCACAAGAUAUAACUCAGGCAUCUUCUUGCUGGCAUAUUCGUGAGGGUAUUCCUGAAGCUUUGAUGAAGGCAGGAGGUGUAUAUAAAUAUGAUUUGUCAAUACCAGUUGAAAAGAUGUAUGAUCUUGUUGAGGAAAUGGGAGUCCGACUUGGUGCUUCAGCAAAAGUAGUCGCUUAUGGUCACCUUGGGGAUGGAAACUUACAUCUUAAUAUCUCAACUCCUCAGUAUGAUGAUAAGAUUUUAUCACAGAUUGAGCCAUUCGUUUAUGAAUGGACUUCUAAGCACAAAGGGAGUAUUAGUGCCGAACAUGGCCUUGGACUGAUGAAAGCCAAUAAAAUCCAUUACACCAAGUCACCUGAAACUGUGCAACUGAUGGCCAACAUUAAGAAGCUACUGGACCCUAAUGGAAUUCUGAACCCAUAUAAAGUUCUCCCGCCUUCUCUUUUUACAAAAAACUGAGGUGACUAGUUCAGAUUUCCAUACUAAUUUUAGUACUCUCUACUUGUAUCACUGAAUAAAACAGUAGCUUGAUAUCUCGUACUAUUUCAGAUUUAUACAGAAUGAACCUCUCCUUAGUU